UAUCGCCCAUAAGAACAGUGAACAAAAAUGAAGGAACAAAGACGUUUUGGCGUUCGUACGAUUCGAAGAAACCACUACAACCACUACCGAUUCAAAACAACAACUUGUUUCUCGGAACGAACUCCGCGAGAGUGAGAAUGCGAGAGAACCGCGGAUUUGCUGCGGAACCGUGCGAGAGUGCGCAUCGUGCGUGAAUCGUGCAACGUGCGACCAGAGUAAUCGGCCAUCAGUGUUUUGUGUUUGUGGAAGAAAGUUUCGAUCGACGCACAGAAGUGAGGCAAACAAAUCAGCAACACACAACAGCUGAGCGGCCGCGUCGUGCAUAUUUGCGUCAUUGUGUAGGGCGCGCUCCAUAGUCACAUCGUAAGCCCUUCGAAAACCGAAAAAAGCGAGGUCCUUGAGAAGAGCAAUUUGUGCCGUGCGUGUGUCGAUUUUUAGCUUUCGCACUGUCCUUGCGCCCAACGCCACGAUGGAGGAGAAGAGUUUGCUGCUGAACGUCCACAGCAACCUGGAACCGCCGAAGCCCGACGGAAACACGUACCUGAUGCGGGGCAACUAUCACUACUAUCACUACGGCUGCGACGGCUUCCAGGACAUGGGUUGGGGCUGCGGCUACCGGACACUGCAAUCGAUCUGCUCGUGGAUCAUCCAGAGUGGUGGUUCGGCAAGGACGGCGACCAGCGGCACCGACGUGCCGAACAUCCCCACCAUCCAGCAGACGCUGGUCGAGAUCAAGGAUAAACCGGAGCGGUUUUUUGGGUCGCGCGAGUGGAUCGGAACGCUUGAAGCGAUCUACGUCAUCGACACGCUUUACGAUGUAUCCUGCAAGGUUCUGCAUAUUGCCCGGAGCGACACGAUCGCCAAGCAUGCCGACACGCUGCGGGACUACUUCGAGCAAUACGGUGGUCUGAUCAUGAUGGGUGGCGAUAUGGAUGCGGCUUCCAAGGGUAUCGCCGGGAUCCACGUGAGCGUCGACCAGGACGUCUACCUGCUGGUGGUCGACCCACACUAUGCCGGGAAAAUCCAAACGAAAGAGGAACUGUACACGAAGCAGUACGUCAAGUGGCAAAAGGUGGAAGACUUUGUCGACAGCUCGUUCUACAACCUGUGCCUGCCGAUGCUCAAGGGGCGCGAUCCGGCCGCGUAGGCCGGUGGCCGAGGUGCGUCGUGCGGUAAUACAGGACUUUUGUAGUGGACAAAAUUGGACAAUAGUGUUUCGUUGCCAUCUCAAUGUAUCGUAAAAACCCCGGUCGGAGAAGCUUUCCGGCGAAGCUAACGGGACGCGAAGCGUCAAACAAACCAAUACCUGCGAACGAACGACAGGUCACUAGUAUAACGUAAAUGUAAGCAACGUAAAAUUCGAUUUUCUAUGUAAUCAAAACAAACAAACCAGGUGUGGCCGAACGUAUCUCCAGCACAAGCCGGUUGUUGUGCUCGUCAUCAGCAUAUCUCGUGAUUUUUGGGGCCGGUCCAAAAAUUCGAAUCCAUGUCACAACGCGCACCCUCUGGGGCCACACAUACUUUCACUUCCUCCCGAACACGUUCAUGUGGGACCAAAACGUUGGAUUUGGCAUAGCGACCACGACCGGGACAAGUGGUUAUCAUAUCUCGUGUGGGGCACCUUCCUUUAGUGUAUAGUAGAAAAAUGUGUUAAUUGUUGAGGAACCAAAUAGACAAAUUUGAAACGAGCGACGUAGCUAAAUUGCUAAUGAAUAUAAUCUCGAAAAUUAGCCAAUUAGAGAUCCGUACCAUCCUUCGUUCCCCUGCCAAUGGAAUUCGCGUUAUCAUUCGGACCGAACAGUGGUAGAAUAAGCUUUCUGGUCAGGCUUCCAGUAUCCCAGGCUAAGUUUCCUAAAUCGUUUCUGUUGAUUACCGUUUACACUCAUCUGUGUAUUGUGCCUUUGUAUUUUCUGUAGCUCGAUAAAAGGCCCCAUUUCAUUUGAAACACAUUUUUGGUUUUUCUUUGGACAAUUCUUAGACAAUUUUAAAAGCUGUACUUUGCGAUGCUUCACUCCACAAUUUCACCACUGCCAAUAUCUGUACACUCGUCGGCGGUCGGUGUUUCUCUCGUCUUGAGGCAGAUUUCUCGUCCGCCAGAAAAUCGUGAAGAUAGGCAAUGGUAGAAUUAUUUUAAAUACUAAUCUAAACGCGCUGAUAAAGGUUAAAGUUGCAAACAAACAAAAGUCCCACUUUAAACAUCUGGUCAGUGUUGAAGUUUCUCGUCGUUCUUAUCGGUUGUGUCUCCUUCUUAAGCCUAGAAAAAGAACGCUGCCACGGCGAAUGGACCGGCCUCGGACCUUGCCGCCAUUGGAUUUCUAAUCCGACGUUAAUAUUUAAACACACAUUAACACGAUUAAAGAUAGUAGCGCAGUUAUGGUAACCGCAGAAGUGGAAGUGCAUUGUGGAUUAUUUUUGUUGUUAUAUAUUUAUAGAUUUUAAAAUGUGAAACAACCCCAGCAGCGAGAAUAAAGAAAAGAAAGUAUUUA